GCGGAUGGAUGUGCGUAAUUGUCAAGGGUGCGUUUUAGUUUUACACUGAAAACAAACGCCAUGUGCUCACGUGCGUCGUUGCGAUGAACACCCCUACUACACCGAAUGCCGUCACAUUUUCGCCGGUUUCAGAUCGCACCGGUGCCAGUUCAACAAAGGGAAACCUGACGGGUAUUGCUCGGAAGAUAAAGGACAGCUGCGCCGAUAUUUACAACCUGUCGCAACGGUGGGACACACUGCGGGCCAACGGAGCCGUACUGCUGAAUAGGAUAGCCGGCACGAAGCUGAAAAGUCUGCAGGCUAAAGAGGAUGAAACCCCAGACGAAUCAGAACAAAGCGACAACAAGCUCUUGGAGCUUUGUUCAUUGCUUCUUGACGUGUGGAACGAGAUGGAGCAGCAAGUUACCAAGAUGACUGCAAUCGUCAACAACUUGGCAGCCGUGGUGGACCUCCACAAUACCUCGUCUUCGUUGCGCGUUGACGAAGUUCCCUUCACCACAUGGCCGGUCGAACGUUUCUAUGACACGGCUUGUGAGAUUGCAGCAGCAUUCGCAAAGGAACUGGGCGUCAAGAAAUGCGUUGUGGAAGAGGUGGCCAGACAGAGUGACGAGAAGACGCUGUCGUUUUACGUGACAGUAUGGACUUACCAGGCUUACGUCAACGCAGACACCGAACUGUCCCUCGAAGCAAUGGUGCACGAAGUUGGCCUGAAGUGAGCACUCCUCACUUCAGGUCAACUCACACUUGCAUAUUCUGCGACAUCACUUUGUGGUAUCGGCGCGACAGUGGACUUCUUUUUAUCGGUGGCAACGUCACUUGCAGCCUGUACUCAUGGAUGAAGUUCAUUAUACCUAUGAACUAUGCAUCACCAACUAGCCUGCCGGCAAAUGUUACCGAGGUUCUGAACCAACAAUGAGAAAGUGACAGGCAUCUGCCAUGACAGCUUGGCAGCUACAGUAGACUCGUUAAACAGAACCUGAAGGGGCCAGGAAAGUAUGUUCCAUUUAAGAGGAAUUUCAUUGACUGAAAGAUGAACAAGGCUGCAGAAUUCAAGUACAAAACCAAUCAUAUUGCAGGCAGUUCAAUUUAAGCAGCAAUUUCGUUUAAGAUAUUUUCGUUUACUGAUAGUCUACUGUAUGUUGUGGGACUGCAAAGCACAAGGUCAUGGGUUCGAUUCGCAUCCACUGUGGAUACAUGUCAGUGGCAGUGAAACACAUUUUUAAGAGGACGGCUACAGUCAUGAUGUGUGUGCAUAAAUAUAUUCGAAUAAAAAAAAAAGUACAGAAACGAUAAAUGUGAUCCAGGGAGGGCAAAAAACUAUGCCAUCUGCACAGUAGUGAACGCUACGUAAACAGGUGAAUGCUUACAGUGCUGAGAGAAAGGAGUUAAUUUUGCAAUGCGGCACAUUUUUUAAUGUGGUUACAUUGGGCAGACAGUUUGCUUUUGCAGCGAUGUUACAUACAGGCUGCAUAAAAACGUUGCAUUCAGCCUUAAUUAAUACUGUGUUAAAGUGCAAAUGAAAUCUGUCUCGUGCAUUUGCUUAAUAACUAAUGUCUCUGACUUCAUCGGUUAAAUCACUUGAAGAAGUCUUCGCUUGCUCAAGACCCUAAUAAGCUCAGUUAUGUUUUAUAUUCAAACAGAAAUGAAUUUCGGGCAAUUCAUACUAUCAAUUCUCAGCUAUGAGUAAAUGCUAUUGGAACUGUAUUUGAAAUUUCAAAUGCUGGCAUACAUCUAGUAAAUAGUCGAAGCCACAAGCAAAGGUUUGGAAACCAAUGAUGCUGUUAAAAAGGAAGUUUUUGUUGCGUCACAAUCGUUCUGGUAGAUAUACAACUUGCCGAGCUUAUCGCCUGUGUACAAGCAAUGCAGUGUGUUGAAGCAAUUGCAUGUGGCAAAGGUUUGCUACAAGAUUUCAUUUUUUCAAAGCCAUUGUAGCAGAACUAAACACACAGAAAGCAGGAUAAGACACCACAAGCGCUAACUCACAACUGUGUCAAUGGGUUUCCCAAGACAAACGGGAAAAAAUAUAUGUGCACAGUAAAGCGCAUAUGCUGAUCUCGUGGUCUCUAGUAGUUAAUAGCCAUAAAGUCUAGUAAAUAUUACUGGCAGGGAAAACCAUGCAGGCAUGAAGUUUUGCGUAAAACUUUGAGCUUGAAAACUUUACAUUGCCAAGCCUUCAACAUAACAUUGAAGUAACACAUGGAGCUGAGGCCAGAAUUGAUCUUUUGUGCAAGAUAUAGAAAUCGGCAACCUUGCCUCGCUUUGCAAGGUUAAACCAAGGUCGACCUCGAGGAUUCCGGAUGUUGUGAAGUUUUGUGUAUGUACACUUCUCUAGGUUAUACUCUCAUUAGUCACAAAAGAACAAAUUCUGACAGCUGUUCUUGCGAUGUAAACUGCUGUACACAUAUGCUUACGGAUGCACGUUCGUCAGCUUCCGUUAAUGUGGCCUUGAGGGGGGCACUCUGUUGCUAGGCGCAAUGCAGGCAUGUGCAUGAAUAGCAAAGGUCAGAUUAUUCACGAAUAACCUAAUGCCAGAAUCUAAAUAGUGCAAGUUUACUGUGUUAGUUUUGAAGGUUCAAGAUGUAAACAGGAAAAAUGGGAGUGGGACACGCUACCCAAUGUGUGCGUCUCUUCUUUGCUCAUCCUCGUUGUAUGCGCUGUGAUACCUUUUGGAUUAUGCUGCACCAACUAGCCCAAUGCUCAACCGUAGUAAACCCAAUUACACUGAGAAGGCUGCCGACAUGAAAUUUUAAGUGUUAAAUGAAGGUGUCAGUCAAGACCUUAGAAAAAGAACAUUGGCAAGUGCCCGGAGCACCCUAAUUAAUGCAAUUUUAUGUUUGUAUGCGUGAGCUCCAAUUGUGGUACACCGGAUGUGCAUGUGUAAUGACUGUGACAGUGUGACACGCACAUCCAUUGCUUGCGACGUACACUUGUGACACCUUGUGUACGUCACAAUUUUUGCAUGCACAUACUGUGUACAUUGCAGGAUGUGCAUGUGACGAUUGUGACGCACCAACUGAAACACGUGACACUCCUUUGUACUUUUACAUCUUACUUAGCCUUAUUACACUAUCAAAGAUUUUGGUGUGUCAUGACACCACAAUAACGUUGGUGAUGCAAAGGUAUUUUGAGACAGCUAUAACAUAAAAUUGAAAUAUAACUACUUUUGUAACCUUUAUACUAACCAAGUCUGCUUUCUUUUUUUUAAAUCUGCGAUAAGGUGUCACUACUAGUCGAGAAGGCAUAAUUCAUGCCUGUUCUUGAGGGAUGGAAAGAUGCACAGACAUAGCAAAUACUAGUGAAAUGUGAAAUGAUGCCAAAGAAUACAUCAGCAAUGCUCAAAAUAUAACAUGAAACUAU